GUUAUUUGCCGGCAGUACAGUGUUUGCUGCCAUUUGGUUUAGGUUCUAAAAGAAACUAAUGAAUCGAUGCUCAAAAUCUCCCCUACUCUGAAAACUCCUAAUUUCUGCUCAACUCCAUGAACCACACUCUCUCACAUAUCCUUUCUUUCCCCAUUCAUGAUGACCACUCAAAACUGUGCCGUUUUACUCACCGGCGCAACCAUCACCGGUUUACCGUCACCAGCAGAGUAUAUGCCAAGGCCCGCCGGCACUACCGCAGCCGUCUCCGGAAGCAGCAGCCUGCCUCCGACGACUCCUUUUCUCCGCCGUCUGAGCAGAGCCUCCAGCUCAUCCUAGCCGUAGACAAAUUCGCCAACUCCAAGCCGGUUAGUUUACUGGGCGAAGUCGUGGAUUCAUCCCAGUUGAAGUUCAAUCAAUUCAUUCACUCGGCAGAGGAAGCUGUUGAAGAUCUCAGGACUCUCGUCACCGUUGACGGCGCUACUAAACGCGUUGUUUUCUCGUGUAAGAAAUCCACGGUUCAGUUUCUAGGGUUCGUUUUCGCCGCAUGUUUAGUAGUUUCGGUUAGUUUCAGGGUUUUAGUUAGUUUGUUGAUGUAUGGAAAGGAUAGGCUUAGCGGUAAUAGUGGCGGAGUGAUUUAUAGAAGGGAUCGGAGUUUGGGCGGAAAAGUAGUUGCCGUGGGUCAAACGGAUUCCGGUACUGUCAAAAGGAGGAAGGAAAGUAGAAAUGAUAUGUUUAUGUUGAUGUUGGAGGAUGGAAAUGAGAACAGGAAGCCGUUUUGGCAGAGGACCAAGAGGAAAUCAGUUGAAAGAUUACCUCAAUGGUGGCCUGUUUCUGGAUUGAAUCCUAAUUCCAGCGAGGUAGUGGAUCAUAAAGAGGAGUAUCAGAUGUUGGCCAACAGAUUGAUACGAGCGCUCAUGGACAAAAGAAUGAGGGGUGAAGAUGUUACACCAGAUGACAUAGUUCAAUUACGUCGUGUAUGCAAAGUAUCUGGUGUGAGUGUUUCCAUUGACACAGAGAACACACGGGAUUCAUUUUACCGUGCUGCAGUUGACUUUGUUCUGAAAUAUUGUGAAAGCACGGAAGAUCAAAAUGCUUUUGUUAAUAUUGGAGGCGAGGAUGCCCGGCAUUUUCUCGCUGGGCUAUCUGAAAACAUAGUUCUUGAGAGUGGCCGUGCUGCACGGAUGGUUUCAGCAGCAGUAGCUGCACGGACACGAUCGCGUUUUUUGCAGGCAUGGGCCCUGCAAAUGCAAGGUAAUCAUUUUGAAGCAGUUGCUGAGUUAUCGAAGAUAUGUCUCAUACACCGGAUAUUUCCUCCAGAAGAGAACUCGGCUGAGAUGGAAAUGGUUGCACGAGGACUCAAAAAACAAUUGAAUGUCGAACAAAGAGAACUUUUGCUGAACAUGCUUAUUAGGACAUGCGGUGAAGCGACGCGUAGAAGUGUCACCGAAGCAUUGGGACUGGUACCUUAGUGAUUUAUAUUUUUAUUGUUUUCAUCAAUGUUCUGGACAAUAAUUUUUGUUCUGUAAUGAUUUUGGUGCGCAUUAUACUGAACACACUCCUGAAAUCUCAUUAUGACCCUUUUCUCAUCUUGGCCUUCGAACCUUCAUUGAUGCAGUUAAAUCAUGAGGUGGUAAUUGACCUUCAUUGAUUACUGUCUUGAAAAAUUGGGUUAGCAAAUAUUUGUAUCUUGUUUAUGGACGUAGAUGAUUACUAAUCUGGUUUCUUUGAUAGGGAUGUCCAGAGUGACCUUUCAUUUGCAUUUUUCAUUUUUGUCGGAAAUUCUCAUUGGUAUUCCUAAUUUCUUGUGCAGGUAUCUACUCAAGGUGGUUUUGAACCGCAAAAAGACAAUUUUACUGAGGUAGAAAAGGACAUUGUACAGUAGAUUCAUCAGAACUCUGGUUCCUGAAAGUACAUUCUGUAAAUAAUAUCAUUCAUCCAUUAUUGUUGCCUCCAUUUCAUUUAUAUAAGGCGUAUUGAUCUCAUAAGUUACAAUUUUUUUGGUCUGGCUAAAAUUUCUAUAGUUGGAAUUAAUAAAUUUGGGGAAGUCACCGUUUUGUUUCUUGAAUUUUGGACUUUGUUACGCUUUUAGAACUUUUCAUAUUUGGUUCUUUUUAUUUUUGAUUUUAAUUAGAAUGAUAGUUGUCCUUUUUUAGUGUUAGACUCGGCUUGUCUUGAAGAUCUCUCUUACUCUCUUACGUUAUGGUUUGAUACUUUUGGGGACUAAAGAAAGGACCAAACACAUUAUUCAGAUUCAAUAAAAAUUUACA